CAUCACUCAGCCAUGCUUUUCACUUUAAGAAUGGAAGGAAAAGUCAGGUGGGAAGGGCAGCUGGAAUGCCUGUGACACGUGAGUGGGGUCGUGCGCAAACCUUGUGUGAUGUCACUGAGGCACCUAGAGAAAAACGGCCACUUGUUUCUAAGCCGCCCUAAGGAGAGGUGCGUCGGAGCCUCAGGGGCAGUUGUGGGCCCGCUCGCCCUAAGAUCUCACCAUCGCCAUGAGCAAUAAGGAAUGCUUCAAGUGUGGACGCUCUGGCCACUGGGCCCGGGGAUGCCCUAGAGGAGGAGGAAGUCAAAGGCGUGAAGCUAGAGGCCGUGGCAGAGGUUCCCAGUGCAGUUCCGCCAACCCGUCUGACAUCUGUUACCGCUGUGGUGAGUCUGGUCAUCAUGCUAAGAAUUGUGAUCUCGAGAAGAUCUGCUACAACUGUGGGAGAAGUGGCCACAUCGCCAAAGAUUGUAUUGAGCUUAAGCGAGAGAGAGAGCAGUGUUGUUACACUUGUGGCAGACCAGGCCAUCUGGCUCGUGAUUGUGACCGUCAGGAAGAGCGGAAGUGCUACUCUUGUGGUGAAUAUGGCCACAUUCAGAAAGACUGCACCCAAGUCAAAUGCUACCGGUGUGGUGAGAUUGGCCACAUGGCCAUCAACUGCAGCAAGACGAGUGAAGUCAACUGCUACCGCUGUGGCGAGUCUGGACAUCUGGCCCGGGAAUGCCCCAUUGAGGCUACCACUUAAUUUUUUUUCCUUUGUCCCUCCCUCCUUUUGUUGAGAGAUAAUUGUUUUAU